AUAAUAAUUCUGAAGAUCAAAUAUCAAAUAUUAUGAUGGGCCCCAGAAACUUCACCCCUCUGGAAAGUUGUUGUAGAUGACGGAGAAUUAGUAUUACAGAGAAACAUCGCCCCCAACUUCCAUAUAUAACCCCUAAUAUACAUACACAUCUUUGUAUCUAUCUCUCUCCCGACUCAUCUCUCCCUCGCUAAACCUCCUUCCUCAUCUCUCUCAAUAUCUCUCUUUACACACACAUACAGAUAUGAUAUUUGAUACAAAACAUAACAAUCUUUGAUUUUUGCCUCUCUGCCUGAUGAUUUCUUUUACGUUGUUCGCGUUGAUUAUUGUCGCUAUAUUUAUACUGUUACGCUUGUUUUUGAUUCGAACCGCGUUGAUUUCUAUUGUAAACAAAUGUUUACAUUGUAUUGAAGAUGCAGUCCACGUGUACCAGUUCUUCAAAGUACCGGAAUUUAAUGAAAAUCACCAGGAGAAUCAAUUUUACCGGAAGGUGUUGACGUACGUGAACUCGUUGUCGUCGAUUGAAGACUCUGAUUUCACGAAUUUGUUCUCCGGGAGCAAAUCGAAUGAUAUUAUACUCUGUUUGGAUGAUAAUCAGGUUGUUUUCGAUACGUUUCUCGGGGCGAGAGUUUCCUGGAAGAAUGAAAUUGACUCGAUAAGUCGAAAGAGGACUUUUGUGCUGAAGAUUAAGAAGAAGGAUAAGCGGAGGGUUUUGCAGUCGUAUCUACAGCAUAUUCAUACGGUUUCUGAUGAGAUUGAUCAAAGGUGGAGGGAAAUUAGGCUUUUCAUUAAUACGGAGUUGAAUCAACGGUGGAGAUCUGUUCCGUUGGCUCAUCCGGUUACGAUUGAUACUAUGGUGAUGGAUUUGGAUCUGAAGAACAGGAUUAAGUCGGAUGUGGAGGCGUUUCUGAAGUCAAAACAGUAUUAUCAUCGGUUAGGUAGGGUUUGGAAGCGGAGUUAUCUGCUUUACGGACCUUCUGGUACUGGAAAAUCUAGUUUUGUUGUUGCGAUGGCAAAAUUAUUGAAUUAUGAUGUGUAUGAUAUUGAUCUGUCCAAGGUUUCGGAUGAUUCGGAUCUGAAAUUGCUUCUGCUGCAAACGAGACCAAAGUCGCUGAUUGUAGUUGAGGAUUUGGAUCGAUUUUUAAGUGACAGUUCGGCAGAAUCAUCGGUUAGCUUAUCAGGCGUGUUGAAUUUCAUGGACGGAAUUGUGAAUUCUUGUACAGGCGAUGAGAAGGUUAUGGUGUUUACUAUGAAUUGUAAGGAUUUGAUUGAUCCGGUGGUGCUGAGGCCGGGAAGAGUUGAUGUUCAUAUUUAUUUUCCGCUUUGUAAUUUUAAUGCGUUUAAGACGCUAGCUAACAGUUAUUUGGGAGUGAAAGAUCAUAAGUUGUUUCCUCAUGUGGAGGAGAUAUUUGAGACAGGUGCAACGAUGAGUCCAGCAGAGAUAGCGGAGUUAAUGGUGAUGAACCGGAGCUCACCUAGCAGGGCUUUGAAGUCAGUGAUCACUGCUUUACAAAUUAGCGGAGAUGCAAGGGCGGGUAAAUCAGGGCAGAGGCUAAGCGAAAGCAAGUCUAUAGAUGAAGGCAGUAUGUUGAGUUGGAAGGAUGUCAGUUCUCCAGCAAUAAAGGAAGUUCGCAAGUUGUACAAUGUGUUGAGGUUGAAAAAAUCUGGACCUUCAGAUCAUCAGCUUCAUCAUAAUUUAAGUUUAACUGAACGGUGAUCAGAUAUAGGCAUCAGAUUGUUUGGUAUAUAGAAUUGAGCUUUUGCUCAAUUUUGGCUUGUCAAUUAUUCUUUUGUGAUUGAUAUAAAAUUGUAGAUUCUCAAACAAAAUAUGCUUGUAAAUGACGAUAAUGAUGACAUGAACAGAUAGGUUAUUUACAUACACAGAGAUGAAUUACUUCCCCUUGUUGAUGAAUGAAGAAUUAGUUCUGUGUUA